CCGCACGUUGGCGCAUUCCUCGUGCUUUCCUUGGUGAUAGGCUUUAGCUCUACGAGCAGUGCGGUAUACCAACGCGCCCUGAACCUCACGGCUCAAGAACCUUCCCUCACAUUCAAUAUAUCCAACCUCCCCCGACCUCAAAGCACUGCCGUAUCGCUCACUUCCAUCCCUUCUGCAUGCGCAGAGGUUACUGGCAUCGGCAAGAAUUGUACUACUAGCAUGGAUGUAGUCAACGUCACCUUUGCUGACUGUGGCUCGCCGUAUACCAUUUGCCGUUGCAGCAAUGCCAACAUCACACUGGACGACGCAAUGAAUGCUCUCGCCCGUGUUCCUGUGGGUUUGCGAAGGCACGUUGGGACAGCGAUAGUUAUGCCAGACAGCGGAGCGCACGCGUAUACAAAUAUGAGUAGUGGGGAGAUACAUUUCUUUGGGGUGUGCGACCAACGAGUUUGGAUACACGAGUCUACGCAUGCAGCCUCGGGCGCACUGGGGAUCAAUGACGCUAGCGGGAGUGGAUCGUGGGAAGAAGCGGUAUCCAAGGAUACCUGUGUCCCUGAUAAUUACGCGAAGACUAAUCUCGCAGAGGAUCUCGCGCAAAUGAGCGUGCUCAAAGUGUACUCACUUCUCAGCAAUAACACGCUUCCUCCAGGAUUCACGACAGAUUGCAUGUCGAAUCAGUGGGCCUUUUUGGAUGGACUUCCUCUCUAUAAUCCGAAUACCUUGUUCGGAGGUUCGUGCUCGUUUGAGCCAGAUAACGCGGAAGCACUCCAUAACAUUGCACCUCCUAUAACGUCCACUGUCUCUGUCUCAAGUUCAUCAUUAACCAAAGUAGUAUUGGCCUCUUCUUUGGGGUCUACUGUGUCAACAGCAUCCAGUCCAGCCUCCACUACUCCGUCGAUGAACUCUUCAAUUCUUUCACGUUACCGUGAUGAAACAAGGAUCUAUGCUACGCUUGCAUUGCCCUUGUUCGUGUUCCUGCUCCAAACAGGUCUAAUCGAAAACUGUUUUCUUCUCCAUUCCGUUAUUUAGUGUGCCUUCUAUUGUUGCCAUC